CUGCAGCCCUUCGAUUAUGACCCGAAUGAGAAAAGCAAAAACAAGUUUAGGUACAGUCUCUGCUGGCUCCGCCUGAUAUGACCGACACUGAGGGAGUGUGGAAGGACGCCAAGCCUGAAGAUCUGAUGGACUCCAAGCUGAGAUGUGUCUUUGACAUGCCCGCUGAAAAUGAGAAAACACAUGAAAUGGAAAGCAAUAAGAUUUCCAGUCUGUCGAAGUCUGAAUCGUCCACAUUGUCUAUGAAGUCCAUGGCCUCUAGUAUGGAUGACGGAGAGGUGAAGAAGAUCAUGGAGGAGUGUAAAAGACUGCAGACGGAGGUGCAGCGGCUACGAGAGGAGAACAAACAGAUCAGGCAGGAAGACGAUGGCCUGCGGAAGAGGAAGAGCACAGUAAUGUCCGCUCCGCACUCAUCUCUAGUGAUGCGAGUGAAAGAAGAGGGCCUGAGCAGCAGGGUGAUCGCUCUAAUCGUGCUUUUUUUGUCGUGGGUGUCAUUGUAGGCAAGUUGGCCUUGUAAAAAGAAAAAAAAUCCAACAGGGGAGCUCUACAAGCAUGCAUUGCGGUUAAAAACAAAAUGCAGAACGAGUUUAAUCCGAACGCCAUAUCAUUUUGGGUAGUUUUGGAUUUAGCGAGGUGUGUAAAACAAUUGAAUAGAGAUCAAGGAAUUUGUGCAAACUAAAAAUUCAACCACAAAAAAAAAAAAGAUGAUGAUGAUGAUAAUAAUAAUCUGAUACAAGCUCUCUCUCUCUCCUCAAAAUUGUGAAAUCAUUCUGGCCCCUUCUUCCUUAAUCAUUUCUGAUGCAAAAUGGAUAACAAAUGUCAGAUUUUAACCACUAAAAACGAAAUGUCGUAGGGAUUUUCUAACACCAGACGUGAGAUUGAGUUGUGGUAGAGUGAAUGUUGUUUAUCACUGUUGAUUUCUUUUCCUUUUCUCUCUCUCUAUCUAUAAGUGGGUCAGAAGCUAAUUGAAAUUGUA